AAGUAAUUAAGGGUUAUGUGCCAUUAAAUUUGGUUAUUUGGAUGAGAUCGAUCAAUAUCAUCCAGCAUAUCAUUUGGUCAUUUUUAUCAUUGUUAUCUGAAAACAAGAUUGAAUUAGAGAAAUGAUAAUUCUACAACUAAGAGGAAGAAAGAGAUAGAAACUCAAAAUGUUAUAAAUGACAUGAUAAACUCAAAAUGUAAUUAAAAUGUAACAUCAAUAUUGUAAACAUACCAACUUAGAAUUUUGAUGUAAGUCUAACUUAAUCUUAAAAAUUAGCUAAGGUUGUUCUCCACUUGCAUAAUAUUUACUGUCUAUAUCACUAGUCUAUUCAUUGCAGAACCGAUCUGUCAAAUAACAGCUUACGGGAUUUCCCUUUUCAUUCUUUUUUUUUGAUUUUUUUUUCACUAAAGCCUGUACCAAAAGAAAGAAAUUAUCUCCAAACAGAAUUUAAAAAACAACAAGUCAAGUUGGUUGUAUCAACUCUUGGUGAAACCGAAAGCACCUGGUAAAAUUCUCCAACCUAAAGUUGGUUUGAAAAUUUAGAAAAACACUAACGAACGGAACAUGGAAACAUCUACAUCAAACUUUUUAGUCUACACACAUAGAGAUAGAGCAUAAGAUAAGACUGCUGCAGCAUUCCCUCUCCCUCUCCCUUUUUCAUCAUUUCCUUCGAUGGAGCGUACGAGACUCUCGCUCAUCUUGAUUUCUGUAUUGUUCAAUGGCAUAACUCUAAGUGGUGCUGAACUUCUUGUUCAUGACUACUACAAGGAGAAGUGUCCCUUAGCUGAAGACAUCGUGAGACACAACGUUGAGGUGGCAGUCUUAAAAGAUCCUCGGUUGGCAGCCUCGCUACUUCGCUUGCACUUCCACGAUUGUUUUGUCAUGGGGUGCGAUGCAUCGGUGCUUUUGGAUAAUAUUGAGGGCAUGACAAGUGAAAAGCUGGCUGGACCAAAUCUGAACUCUCUACGUGGAUUUGAGCUCAUAGACAAGAUUAAGUAUUUGCUAGAAGAGGAAUGUCCCAUUACUGUUUCAUGUGCUGACAUCCUUGCCAUGGCUGCACGUGACGCGGUUGAAUUGAGAGGAGGACCAAGAUGGGAGGUAUUGCUAGGGAGGAAGGAUUCUCUAGAGUCAAGUUUUAGUGGGGCUAACUUAUUCAUCCCUGCACCAAAUUCCUCUUUAGAGAUUCUCAUAAAUAAUUUUAAGCAACAAGGCCUUGACAUAGAAGACUUGGUAGUUCUAUCAGGUAGCCAUACUAUAGGAAGAGCAAGAUGUCUAAGCUUCAGGCAGAGGAUAUAUGAAGCCAAAGAGGAAUAUCACUGUGGCUAUGAUCGUUAUAAGCGAUACACAAACUUCAGGAGAAUCCUGAAGUCUAUAUGCCCUGUUGAAGGAAGGGACAGCAAAUUUGCACCCCUGGAUUUUCAAACUCCUAAGAGGUUUGAUAACCACUACUUCAUAAACAUUCUUGAAGGGAAGGGCUUGUUGGGUUCUGAUAAUGUUCUGAUCAGCCAGGACUUGGAUGGAAAAAUUACAGAGCAGGUGUGGGCUUAUGCCUCCAAUGAAAAACUUUUCUUUGCUUCAUUUGCUAAAUCUAUGAUUAAGAUGGGAAACAUCAAUGUUCUUACAGGAAAUGAAGGAGAAAUUAGGAGGCAUUGUAGGUUUGUCAAUGCUUAGUUGUUAUGUAUCGCAUAUGGCUUGUAAUAGACUUAUUGAGACGUAAUCUUAUUACUUUGCACCUUUUCAUCAA